CCUCUCCUGGGCGGGGCCCAAGGAGCCGCGGGGAGCGCGGCCCGUGAGGUAGCUUCUGCCAGUGCUUCUGGUGCUGGUGCUGCGGCUCCAGCGGCUGUGCUCGUGGCGCUGAGGCCGAGACCGUAGCUAAGGUAAAACUCUGCCGACGACGCACCGUCUCUUCCGCCGCUCGGCUGCGCCGGCCUCAGCGGCGGUCCGGGACGUCUUGGCGCAGAUUUGCGCACUGCCGGGGUGAGGAUGCGGCUCUUCUACUGGCUGCUCAAGCAUACGGUCCCCAAACAGAUAGAGCGCUACUCGCUCUUCUCGCCAUCGCCCCUCUCCAUCAAACAGUUCCUGGACUUUGGAAGAGAUAAUGCAUGUGAGAAAACUUCAUACAUGUUUCUACGAAAGGAACUUCCUGUGCGACUGGCUAACACAAUGAGAGAAGUUAAUCUUUUGCCAGAUAAUUUGCUGAGCCGCCCUUCAGUGGGGUUGGUUCAGAGUUGGUACAUGCAGAGUUUUCUUGAACUUUUAGAAUUUGAAAAUAAGAGCCCUGAGGAUCCACAGAUCUUGGAUAACUUUCUACAAGUUCUGAUUAAUAUUAGAAAUAGACACAAUGAUGUGGUUCCUACAAUGGCUCAAGGAGUGAUUGAGUACAAGGAGAAGUUUGGGUUUGAUCCCUCCAUUAGCAGUAACAUCCAAUAUUUCCUGGAUCGGUUUUAUACCAACCGCAUUUCUUUCCGCAUGCUUAUUAACCAGCACACACUUCUGUUUGGUGGUGACCCUAAUCCUGCUCAUCCUAAACACAUAGGGAGUAUCGAUCCCACCUGUAAUGUGGCUGAUGUGGUGAAAGAUGCAUAUGAAACAGCCAAGAUGCUCUGCGAACAGUAUUACCAGGUAGCUCCAGAGCUGGAAGUCGAAGAAUUCAAUGCCAAAGCACCAAACAAACCUAUUCAGGUAGUUUAUGUGCCUUCACAUCUGUUUCACAUGCUAUUUGAGUUGUUCAAGAAUUCAAUGAGAGCGACAGUUGAACUAUAUGAAGAUAGAAAAGAGAAAUACCCAGCUGUUAAAACGCUUGUUACUUUGGGCAAAGAAGACUUGUCCAUUAAGAUAAGUGACCUAGGUGGUGGAGUCCCACUUCGAAAAAUAGACCGUCUUUUUAACUACAUGUACUCGACUGCACCUCGACCCAGCCUGGAGCCUACAAGGGCUGCCCCCUUGGCUGGAUUUGGUUAUGGCUUGCCAAUUUCUCGACUAUAUGCCAGAUAUUUUCAGGGAGACCUCAAACUGUAUUCCAUGGAAGGAGUUGGCACCGACGCUGUCAUUUAUCUGAAGGCUCUUUCAAGUGAAUCAUUUGAGCGGCUGCCAGUUUUCAAUAAGUCUGCAUGGCGCCAUUACAAGACCACUCCUGAAGCUGAUGACUGGAGCAACCCCAGCAGUGAACCAAGGGAUGCAUCAAAAUACAAGGCUAAACAGGACAAGAUCAAGACUAAUAGAACUUUCUAGAAAACUGAGUGCUGUGGUCCUCUCUGAAGAAAGAUUAUCUUCUGCAAGUCAACCAGAGACCUUUCUUCUACCAACUCUUAAAUGUGGCACUAUAGUUAUUCCUAAUGCUUGAAUGGGUUAUUUCCUCGACAUUUCCAUGGAGCCCUUCCUGUAGUUCCUCCAGUCUGCUCUUGCACUAAAAUAGCAGCUUGGGUAAUUUUUCAUUGUAUCUUGCUGUGGCAUCAUUGCGCCUGUCAGAAAAGAACACAAAGCUUCCUUAGAGCUCUCAUGCCCAUAGGCUCUAUCUUGUUAUUAGGAGUUUAGUGUCUGAAGUCUUCCCAAGGUUCUGAGCUCCUUCCUUCUUCAUUCUAGAUACAGCAGAUCCUAUUGUUGCUGCUCGUGACCAAAUACCAGGAUAUAUUCCGACCCUCCGGCUAGGGUGUGGGGAGUCUGGGAGUGAUAGGCAUCAGUGGAACACAUCUUGAAAAUUAAGUCCCAUGGCUUUUCUCUCCCCUGUGCAUCCCUCCUCCACUCUCUGAUUUAGACUUUGGCUGCCUUCCAUCUGGAUAUAUUCUCAUUUUGAGGUGUGGUACUUUCAUGUUAGAUCUUACUCAUCUGUAUUGAUUUUUUUUUUAAAUUCAUUUGUAUACUUUCAUUCCAUUGAUUAAAGCGAUCCAAAAGUUGUCUUGGAAAUUCUCACUUAACAAGUUGGUUUCAAAACUUUUAAGUGAAAAACUGCCUUCUUGUCAAUAUCAAGUUUAUAAAGAGUGGGAAGUGUAGAUUUAUGCUUCCAUAAAAUUUCACCAAUCUAACACUUCCUUUGUCAUAUGGCAUUCCUUUGCACUCAUCUUAGGAAUUAGAACUUCCUGUGUGAUGCACUUUACUCAUUGUAAAAUAGACUGCCAGAAGGGAAUAUUCUUUCUAAUUUAUUUUGGAAAAUGUUAUAGGUCUCCAUAAUUUUCAUUCUUAAUUUUAGCUAGCAUUAGAACUAUCCACUCAAUCUGAUUUUCAUAAACCUUUUUGCCAAAAGUUGGAAGUAAGAAUUAGAGAGGACUUUGGGUAAGGGAAGAGAAAUGUUAUAUUUACCUUUAAUAAUAGAAGCUAUCAGAGUCCAAUAUCUGAUCUAACACCACAGGAUAUUUUUCUUCACUACAAUUUUUCAUAUAAAUCAUCCACCUUCACUUCUGUCUUCUUUUGCUAUCCAGUUUUUCAGUAUUGAAUCCACUGAUUUAGAAGUUUUAGUUUGUAGCCAGGCGAGGUGGUACACGCUUGUAAUCCCAGUACUGUAGAUGUUGAGGUGGGAGAACCUCACCGGGGCUAUGUACCAAGACUCUGUCUCAAAAAAGUUUAGCUUGUAAAAUAUUCCUCGUUCUUUAGUCACACUAUUUCUAUAGUGUAGUUUUCCUCACAGCUACCACAGUGAAGGCUUUUUCCCUAGGAAAUUUGCUCUGACAAGCUGUACUUGGCUCGAUUGCAACUCUGCCUCUCUUAGUUACAGGGUGUCUGAUUUUCUUCGAUUUCCCUAUAUUACCUGAGCUCCUGGUGGCUUCUUUUAUCUUUAGAAAAACCUCAUUACAGAAGUCACAUAUAAUGGAUAAAAAGAAAUUUUGAUGUACUUCCAAGAGGUUAGUGAGAGAGGCUUAUUGGUUUGAGGUCCAAGGCAGUGCCUUGAGGGUUGAGAUAUUCCAUAUGAUUGUUUUCUUCUGAUGGAAAAGCUGUAAAAAUGAUGGUCCUUUAUUUUCAAAGAUCCCAGUUUCCUUAUAAGCUUCAGAUAGUAUGUUGCUAUCUUUCUAGGUUUCAAUCUCCAAUCAUCUUUACACUUUCAAGUGCAUUAGACUGUAAGAGAAGGAGUCAACAGAUUCUGGUUGUGGUACUUUAUUGCCUUGAAUGAACACUGCUUUUAUUGUUUGAGGGUCCCCCAUUGAUUCCCAUGCACCCAUAACAAAUACUACAUAAGGGUUGGUUAUGGUGUAGAAAAAUUUUGUAACAGCCUUUGCAAGUCUUUUUUCAAAGGGAAUGCUUUCUUUCCAUGUUUUAAUGAUUUAAUCCAUAGUCCUUUAUAAUCCUUUUUUGGGUUUGCUGGUGUCCUCUGAGUCUGGUACAUUCUAACUGCUCCUUCCUGUCUUUGUUUCCAUCAUCAAGACUAGUAGUUCUCUUCUAAAGCAACUGUAAGAAGAGUUUCAGGAACGUCUUGAAUUCCCAAAGUUUACUCUCCCCGUUUCUGUCUCCUUUCUGCUGACUGUGCAUAAUCCUCUGAACUCAAGUACAUUUCUCUGGCUUUUCUUUGAGUUUCCACAUACCAGGUUAUGAUAUAAGUCAAAAUUGACCCUUUUCAGCUGAAUCCUUCUCAAUUUCUCUGAAAUGCCCUCUCAUUUACUUUGUUGUAACAUUGGGAGCCACGUAUACUAUUUGAAACUGUGCUUGGCGCAUAGUAGGUACUCAAUACAUAUUUGUCGUGUCAAGGAUAAAUAUGGCUUUAAAAUAUGGAGAAGUGACAGGGGCUAGAGUUGGAUCCAUAGCAGCCAUCUGGCUCUUUGUCUCUCAAUAUCUGAUUUGGAUCCAUAAUCCAGGGCUUCUUUUAUCUAGUGACAUGGUUUUACAGCCUUCCUAGAGAGCCCAAAGAACUUACACAUUCAGCAUCCCAUGUGAUCCUUACAAUUCCAAGAGGUGGACUAUGCAAACUAUCUCUUUCUUCUCAAGUGAGUUCCAAAGUACAGUGACUUGCCAAGAAGGCAUGGCAAGUGACCAGCGGCACCAAAGCCAGUGCUUGGGUCUUCUUGUUCCUGAGCCAAUUCUCUGAACAAUAUGCCAGGUGAUUAACAUUAUCCCUUUAGAGGAGUUUCUGGGACAUGUUAGUCCUCAAGGAUAAGCUGUAAACCAAAAAUUUUCUAUAAUGUAAGAUCAUUUCACUCAGGAAAAGUUUUCUUUCAUGUAUGUCCUUUCUGGCAUAGUCAGAGGAGACAAGCAGAUUGGGCAGCUUUUAAGAGUACAGAAUAGGUCGUGACUAGAGUUUGUUUGACUGAGAUCAGUGCUCUCUGCCCGCCUUUUUGCACAAAGACCACAUUUGAGAGUUUAUUUCAUGUUUUGCUAGACUGCAUUACAGCUUCAAUUAGAUUCUCUUGCACAUUCUUUUUAUUGCUAUUGCGUAAGUAAUAACUUGGCUGGCUAUCAGAAUCUUGGAGCACCUUUCCCCCAGAUUCUUUAGGUACAUUAUUUUACUGUCUAUAUCUGCUGGUGCUUAGAAGUCUUUGAGUCCAGAUGGAUUUUCCUUCCCAUUUCCUGCCUGCUUACCUUGGUUACAAUUUUCAUUUGUUUCUCCUUGAAAUUACGUCAUUACAUGUGAGUAUAUGUUAGGACUGGUAGUUGUCUGGUAGCUUUUCCUGGUACACAGUGAGACAUUUCAGACCUUACUGCAUUUUGUAUUAUUUUAUACUGUUACACUGUUCUAUAAAAACUUGUUCCUCUAUCGACUCUGUGUCAUCCAUCUUUCAUCCAUCCAUCUUCAUAUCUUCAUUUUGGUAGCUUUUACUUCCUUGUCUUCCUUAGUACCGUGUGAUUUUUUUUUCUCAAGGCUUGCUCUCCAUUUCACUGGCUCUUUUCCCUAGUUUUUCCUAGGCCUUGUGGCUUGCAAUGUGACUUUUGCUUCUGUCUAUGAAAAUUUUAUUUUUCAUUUACUUCUCUUGGCUCAUUGUGUUAUCCUCUUUGACUCCUUAUUCUCUUUCUUUGAGGACUAAAUUUGAUCUAAAUUUUUCAUAGUUUCUGAAAUCAUUCUUUUUCCAGAACAUACUUAUGUGUCUUUUGUUUUAUCUGUCAGGCAUGCCCCUGGAGUUCAUGGUAUGGGGCUGUGGCUUUUAUUAGUUUUGUUAUAAAUAGCUUUUUGCUCAGUUUUUGGACAUGUGUGCUGGGGAGGGGUAGUGCACUUAUAUAAACAUACAUUUACCCUGCCAUCUUUCCCAGUGCUCCAGGUGCUUAAACAUUGACUUUGAAGAUAACGUCCUUCAUAAGCUAUAUGUUAGUAAACAGAAGGAACCAAUAUUGCCAGCAGGAAAGACCAUUAACAGCUUAAUCGAUACAGGAUUUUGUUUGGUGUUCUGUGUGGAAAGAUAAGUUUUAACUCAAGUUCCUGUCAUAGUGAUUAGAGAUAUCAGUACCUUCUGGUUUGAAAAUAGGGGACAUAUGAAAUUUUAAUGAACUUGAGAAGUUAUCAGCCAUUGACAGUGAUUAAUUGGUUAAUUAAAAAUGAGAGUAUUUCAAACUCAUGCAUAAUGUGCGUUAUGAAGAGACAUAGAAGCUCACUUUAUUAACAGAUUGUAAACAGUCUCACUGAGAGUGAUAACCAUUCUGAGCUUUACUGUGGCACAUGUUUCUUUUCAACCUUUCUUUUCAAUCAACCAUUCUUAAAUGUGGUUCAUUAAGAAAUAAAAAAUUAUGUGUUGGCUAUGGUGGUUUACAACUGCAGUCCCAGCAGGAGAUGGGGGAGGAGUACGUGUGAGGCCAGCCUAAGCUACAUAAUGAGACCCUGUGUGAAAGAAAAGUGAAGGAGAGGAAGAGAAGGAAGAAAGGGGAAGAGGGGAAGGAGGAUGGCUGGAAAGCAUGACACCUUCAUCAUGCCUUAUUUUGGUCUGUAGGACUGAAGCUUUCUUCCCUCAGUGGCCAGGGCAUUCUAAUAUCCAGUAUCGACCUUUUAUCACCCUCAAAACUUCCAUACCAGGAUCAAGGCGUGCAAUGAUAGCCUUGCUCCUUCCCCCAGCUCCACUUAAGGCAGGGCCUGCCUGUAACGCUGGUCUUUACCCUAAGCCGUACUGGUGUGAAAUUGACAGAUGAACAUAGGCAUCCUCAUGUAAAGGAAACUGCUGAAAAUGACAGUGCCAGACAGAGAAAUGAUAUCUGGGCUUCCAUUUCAGUAAUGUACAGUGUCUGCAACAUGCUAGAAACUGUUCUCAGUGCAGACUGAUGAUCAAAGCAGAGAAGUCCCUGCAUCAUGAGCUCAUGUUCUAAUAGGACUAGAUAAUUUUACAGUUCACUUGGGAAAUGACUGUUAGAGAAAGUGAAGCAGGGGAAGUUUCGUCAGGGACAGAUGUGUUCCUCAGGAGGAGGAUUAAAGUUUCCUAUGUUAUUUCUUUUGAAUCACUCUGAAUUUUUGAGUGCCUUCUGUAAUUGGCUCUUUACUGGACU